CUACAAAUGUCAAAGUAACGUCAUAGUGUUUAGGCCAGCAUCAAAAUUCUCGUUAUUUUCAUCUGCGCCGCCACCAAUUUACAAUCAUGGCGUUUAACAAAAUGAGCAUAGAUCAAGUUGAUUUGACUGGAAAACGUGUUGUGAUGAGAGUGGACUUCAACGUUCCCAUAAAAGAUGGUAAAAUCACCGGUACACAGCGAAUAGUUGCAGCUUUAGAAUCUGUAAAGUACGCACUGGAAAAUCAGGCGCGAAGUGUAGUUUUGAUGUCACAUUUGGGGAGACCUGACGGCACGCCUAAUCCGAAGUAUACAAUGAAACCUGUAGCCGAAGAGCUACAAAAGCAACUCGGUAAACCGGUCUUGUUUCUAAACGAUUGCGUUGGACAGGAGGUGUUCGAGGCGUGCUGCUCACCACCGCCGGGCACUAUUAUUUUGUUGGAGAAUUUACGAUUUCACCUGGAGGAAGAGGGUAAAGGAGUGAACGCCAAAGGCGAAAAAGCCAAAGCCACCGAGGAGCAAAUCAAAAAAUUCAGACAAGAUUUGAGGAAACUGGGAGAUAUUUAUAUAAACGAUGCAUUUGGAACGGCACACAGGGCGCAUGCUUCAAUGUUGGGAGAAGGGUAUGACAUAAGGGCCAGCGGAUUUUUAUUAAAGAAAGAGUUGACUUACUUUGCUAAAGCAUUGGAUAAUCCUGAGAAGCCCUUCUUGUGUAUACUAGGUGGUGCCAAAGUGGCAGACAAAAUUAAGUUAAUAGAGAAUAUGCUGGACAAAGUGAACGAGAUGAUAAUAGGCGGUGGAAUGGCAUUCACGUUUUUGAAAGAAACUAAAGGGAUGGAGAUUGGUCAGUCGUUGUACGAUAAAGAGGGCGCAAAACUGGUGCCAAAACUUAUGGACAAGGCAAAGGCAAAGAACGUACAAAUCCAUCUUCCACUGGAUUGUAUCAUUGGUGAAAAAUUCGAAGAAAACACCAAGUCUAGUUGCACCUCUGUCGAAGCUGGCAUACCGGAAGGCUGGAUGGGCUUGGAUAUUGGCCAAAAAACGGUUGUGGCAUUCCAAGAGCCGAUUCGAAGGGCAAAGUUAAUCGUUUGGAAUGGACCGCCCGGCGUCUUUGAAUGGGAGAAGUUUUCAUACGGCACCCAAGCAAUUAUGGACGAAGUAGUGGCCGCAACUAAAAAGGGAGCGGUUACAAUUAUCGGCGGAGGAGACACAGCAACGGCUUGCGCCAAGUUCAAGACUGAAGACAAAGUAUCACACGUUUCAACUGGUGGCGGAGCUAGUCUGGAAUUACUGGAAGGAAAGGAGCUACCCGGGGUUACGGCUCUGUUACCCGCUCCUUAAAUUAUUCUGCUCUAUGCUACUUAAUGAAUAAACUAAUACACUGC